AUGGCAUCUGGCGGUGCAUCUCCUAUGCCUUCCUCUAACACAACACCCCGAACCUCGACGCCCUCCAUGUUGAAUCCAAACGCCAACCCGCCGCAGACUAAAAUCUGCGUCUACUGUGGUGCCUCGGCCGGAAAAGGCCCUCGUCACAUCGAGGCUGCACGAGCCCUGGGUAAAGCUAUGGCCGACAACAACAUUGGUCUAGUCUACGGUGGCGGCACAGUAGGACUCAUGGGCGAAGUGGCCAAGACCAUUGUCUCGAUAAAUGGCCCUAGUGCUGUCCACGGCAUCAUCCCGGAAGCCCUUGUGAAGUGGGAGCGUGACGACACCUACGCGACGAAGAAAGAUGCCAACGGCUACCACGUUCCCGAGGAGAGCGUAUACGGGCGUACAACAGUGGUCAAGGACAUGCACACACGCAAGCGUAUGAUGGCGCAGGAAGUACUCGAAGGUGGCCAUGGCUCCGGCUUCAUUGCUCUAAGCGGUGGAUUUGGAACCAUGGAAGAACUGCUCGAGACUGCGACCUGGAACCAACUCGGUAUUCACAGCAGGGGUGUGUGUGUGCUCAACAUUGAUGGGUUCUAUGAUGGCCUGUUGGAUUGGAUCCGCAAAGCCGUCGAAGAACAAUUCUUGAAACCCGGCAAUGCUGGAAUUAUAGUCACUGCUACAGACGCUCAAGGAGCGAUAGAGGCGUUACGGGACUACAAAGUCUCGGAGGCAAGGUAUGGCCUAGAUUGGAGUCAGCAAUAA